UUUUGAUUUUGUAACGGUUGGCAACCGUUGUCUGGUUGUUUGUGUUGAAGAAGCGCGUCCCACGUUAAAACGGCACGAUUUUAGCAAAAAAUCCCGGAAAAAACGACUUUUAAGUAUACAAACACAUCACAAAUCGCCCCUUAGGGCCCCUAAUUAGUGGAGAACGUUGCGGAUAACCCCUCAAGAUGAUUGACGUCGAGAAUUUAAGCGACGCCGAGAUUCGCUCGAAACUCCUCGAGUUCGGAUUCCCCGUUAUGCCCAUCACGGGCACCACCAGGAAGGUUAUGGUUAAAAAGUUAAAAAUUCUCCUCGAAAACAAAGCGAAAACCACGUCGAACGAUAACCGUCGUUCCCUUGGCAAAUAUUCGAGCGAAGAAGAAAGCGAUUCCGACUCGGUUCGACCCACUUCGAAACCGCGUAGGAUCACGAUGGGGGCCCCUGCUUCGAAAGUACCGGUUCGUCGAACUUUGCGUUCCGACCCCGAUGAGAACGAAGUAAAUAAAGUGAUGGAGGAGAAAAAAGUCGUCUCGAAAACCACGAAUAUCGUUAAAAUGAUCGAAAACGAUUUCGAUACCGGCUCGGAUACUGAAUCGGAGGUUAUCGAGACGACUAAUAAUCAUGAAUCGCCCCAAAUUCUUCCAACGUCGUCUUUUUUAAAUUUGAAACGAUCUCAACCCAAAAAUAUUUCACCGGAUACUUCGUCGUUUUUGAUUUCGAGUCGAUUUAAUUCCAGUGAUUACGCCGCUGAUCGAUUAAAUCAAAUCCGAUCGAGGUUAAGUCUUAAUACAACAACAGGUUAUAAUAAGCCGUAUGGGACGACAAUUAACACCAAUGUGGAUGAAGAUAAGGUUGAUACCCCAUUUUUGAGUAGUUUUACUAGGAGGUUGUCUCGAUUGUCGACUCAAGUUCCAUCAGAAAGUGGGGAAAUGAAAAAUGAAUCGAGUUCUUUGGAGAAUGAUACGAAUGGGUCUACUUUUGGGACUCCCAAGUAUAUGUCUAGGCCUGUUAAGCGCGAUUUUGUUCGCGAUUAUCACCAAACUGGUAAACGGAGUCAUUUGAAGAACAAUUUGGUGUCUUGCGCAUUGAUUGCGUUUGCGAUAUUGUUUUUUGUUGGAUUGGCCAUACUCUACAUGGGGAUGCGUGAUGGGUUAACGGACGUUGAUCGUGUGUCCGGUAAGGAUUUGGCUUUUCCGCGUUGCGACCCAAAAAAUGUGAACCACAAACGCGGAAAAACGUGCGUUUUAGAGGAGGAAGUACGCGAAGCCGCCGAUUUAUACAGCGCAUUAAAACCGGAAUUAACCAAAAUCGCCGUCGAUCGGAAAUGCGCCUCCCCCGCCAAAGGUUUCUUAACGGAAUCGGACAUCUUCAAGCACAUCAAAAAGAAUCUACCCGACAUUUACGACGCCAAAUUGGUUUUGAGCAAUUUGCACAUCCUCGCUUUAUCCAACCCCAAAUGGGAAAUCGCCUUAAUUAGAGAUUUAGCGGAUGAAACUGUUUUAGAAAAUCCUAUUAGUGAUAUUGAUGAUUUAGAAAAAUUAAUAGAUAAUGAUGGAAAAGUGGUUUUGGCUGUGUUAAACCCCGAAAUCCCUUGGAAAUGUACCCUUUAUAAUAAAUUAUCAGCGAUCGUUCAAUUAGUUGUGGUUGUAAUUGGGGUUUUGGUGAUUGGGUAUCUUGGAAACACCGGUUAUAAAUAUUUAAAGCAUUUUCGGCAAAAACAAAAAGAUGAGCUUUAUUAUAUGGUGGAGAGAAUCGUGGAUACUUUGCAAGGGAACGCUUCAGAAGAAGGGGAUAAUUAUUUAAUUAUAAAUCACGUCCGCGAUAUGAUCAUUCCAAUUAAUGAUCGAUCAAGGAUGGAGAAAGUUUGGAAAAAAGCGAUCAAAUUCAUCAACGAAAACGAAUCUAGGGUUAGAACCGAAAUGCAAGUGGUUCAAGGAGAACCAUACGAAGUUUGGAGAUGGCUUGGAAACCCCAACAUCAACACCAGUAACGUUAGGAAUAAAUCAUGGCAAGGUCAAGCUUUUGAAACUCAAGUUGGGUCAGUAAACAGCCUCCCAUGCUCUCCAACUCCUUGUUUGAAAGUACGCGGGAUGGUGGAUGACGGAGAUCGGAAUUUAUUAACAAUAAGAGAAGCUGUGCUGAGUAAAUGCGCUCAUCAAUGUCGUAUUUUGCAUUGCGCGGUUGAUACGACCUCCCAAUGCGUUUAUAUUAAGUGCGCGAAUCAAGCAGAUGCAGCAAUUGCUUAUAGGAGUUUACACGGAUGGUGGUACGCUGGUAAUUUAGUAACUGUAAAAUAUUUGAGAUUGGAGCGAUACAUGCAACGUUAUCCCGAUUCUCCAGUGAGUGGCCCCCCUUAUUUAAAAGCAGUACAACCAGGGACAGAAUGGGUGAGAUAAGAACUUUAAGACAACAACAAAAUUUUAUUUGAGCGCACGAAUAGUAAUCGAUAAGGUUUACGUUAAAUUUUUAAGUAUUUCUUUCUUUUUUGUAAUAAUAAUUAAGUUAAAAAAAAUGUUUUUUUGAGAAACAUCUCUAUUCAAUUCAUGAUUUUUAUAAAUACAUAUCAAAGUUUUAAUAAAAAGCGAUGUUUUCAAAAAAAUAUGACUGAAUCUAAAUUAAAUUUAAUUCGAGACGUCUUAUCUAAUAAGACUUAAUAUAUAAUUAAUAAUAAAUAAAAUAAAAUAAUAACAUUAGGACAGUAUUUCUGCUCUCGAGAGCCUCUACCUAAGCGAAUUGUUGUAAAUUUUUUCACACAAAACCUGUUGAUGUUCAUUUUAAUAUGUUUAAAAUAAGGAAUUUGUAUUUAUUUAAUUUUUUCGACCAAAUAAAGGCUAUUUAUCUAAA